AUGAUCCCCAUGUAUGGGGAUCAAGCAGCUGAGGAUGUGGAGGCAGCAGUAAAACAUUUAUCAGAGACGGGUAAAAUUCCCAGUUUCCUCUUGGAAGCUUCAAUAUUUAAAGAAACUUACUUCAGGACCUCAUUCCUCCCUGCUUUACUAGCCCCAAGACAUCUCCCGGAGGUUCCAGAUGCCCGAGACAAGCUGAUUCAACUCUUGCACACUCGAGGGAAGAUUUCCUCCACAAUGCUCAAGGAAUACACUGAGGCAUGUGAGAAAGAAGCUUCAGAUCUCCUCCGGGGAGUGUUUGUGGAUGAGGAAGAAGAUAUAGUGAUGGAGGAGCCAAUUGCUGAGUUGGCUCAGAUCCUAGAAAGCUUAGUCACUGCACACUUCAAUCACUGUGCAAGUGACAGCAACAAGGCUGCCUCUGAGAUCCUGCCAUUGCUCUCCAAAGUGUCGUGUAAGAUAGAGGAGAUGAUGAAGGGCCUGGAUGCCAAGUUCCAGGGCACCAGCCACAUUGUCUUGGAUACACGGAUGUAUGACGAGAAUCUGCUUGCUUUUCAGGUUGUGGAACAUUUCUUUGUUACAUUAGAAAGGUUGCUACACCCUCCAGACACAGAGGAAGGUCACAGUAAAGGAGAAGUGAGGCCUGAAUGGUUCUCACAGCUCCUCUCUCUCCUCUCAUCAAGUGUGACCGUACAGCGUUCCCUCUCUGUCUUGCUGCACCGCCAUCUCUCUCUCCAGGAUAUCACAAAAGGACAGCUGAGGACUGAUGGAAUCAUCCUGUACGAGUUAAGCAAGAUAGAGGGACUGUUCCUCCCUGUGGUGGAGGCCAGCCAGCCCACACAAGACCCCUGCCCCCUCACUGCCCACUACCUCAACAGCCUGCCUUUAGAUACUUCUCAGAAUUUACACCAUGCUUGCUGCAUCCUGAGCACCUGGCUGGAGUGGCACCUCAUGUGUGAGGGUAAGGCAGUCUCCCUCCCAGCCCAGGCCCUCCAACUCUACCUCUGCCUUGCUCCAAGACUCCCUUUAUUGCUGAAUCACAGUGAGGGCAGAGGAGCAACAGCAGCUGAUUGUUACAAUUACCUGAGGGGCAGUGGUGUGCCAGAGUGCUCCUGCUUGUACUUCUUGAUGACUUCAAGAACCAAGACUGUCCCACUGGGGAUGUGGGUGCAGUUUGAGCUGAGGGCAGCCUGGGGGAGUGUGCCUGUAGAGGUGCGGCAGACUUAUCUGUACACCCGCCUCAUGGAGGAUGUUUCCCUAGAUCAGCAGCUUGACAAACAGUCCCCUGAGAAACCUACCACUUGCCAUGUUGUGCCUUUGAUCUUGGUCCUGAUAGAAGAAGGAUUGCAGCAGUGUAACUCAAGGGACUUGUUGAUGUUGGUGCAGACAGCUGGGCAGCUUUCAGGGGGAAGGAGCACAUGUCUGUUGGAAGCUUGGCACAAAAACCUCAAGACAGGAUUCAUGGAGAACAGAAGAACACUUUCUUUUAUGAGCAUUUGCCAUUGUUUGUCUCCAUCUCUUUUCCUAAGAGCAGAGAAGCUCCUGGAACUUUCUGAGAUCCUGCAGAUGUAUGUCACUACUCUUCAGAGUGCCACAGAUUGUAUUCAGCUGAGUCUGUGUGAUGUCACUUUCCUGUGUGUGGCACUGUUCACUGCUGCUGAUGUGCCAUUGGUCAGGAGUCUCCACAUUGAGCUCUGCCUCAAGCCUAUCAGGCCAGCUGUGGUGUUCCAUUGGGAUUCACUGAGGAACUUGUUUACAAGACACAGAGACACAGUCAUGAAGCACGAGUGCCUCAAAAACUUGUGUUCCACUUUUGAUGAGGAAAUUCCUCAGCAAAUAUCGCUUCUGGGUGCUGAGGAAGGUGGAAUCCGCCUCCUGUCACUCAGCUUGCACCGGGACACAGCCAGCGUGACGACUGAUAUUGCUUCAUAUUCCAGUGGAAAAACUUCCUACCUCAAAUGGCUCUUGGCUUACCUAGGGUUGCAACAAGUGAGCAGUGAUGUCCCAUACCUGCUCCGAGAAGGUGAAAAGCUGAGUGUUAAUCAACUGGAUAGGAAUGUUACUCUAUGGAGUUAUAAGGAACUCAUAAAAGUCUUGCAAACUAAGGGCAUUACAGAAAUCAUCAGAGACAUACUUCCAGCUGAGGAGGAAACUCAUUUGGGUCUGCGAUUAGUCCCUGUUGCCUGUAUAUUUGUAGUGAUGUGUGUGAAGGAAGGAAACUUUGAGAAUGAAGAUGUUACCAUUGUGUAUGAAGCAAAUUUAUUGGACAUUAUCUUGCAGUGUCAUAGUCUGAUAUGCCAGACAUUUGACACUCAAAGCAAUGGUGGCAACAAAAGCUCAAAUAGCCAUUGUUCUAAGAGGAGCCUGUCACGUCAAAGGUGGGUACCAGACCUCGACUAUUUGUCACUUGUACACCACAACAUUAUUUCCUACUUGGCUGCCUCCUCAACAUCAAUCCUUGGUAAGAUUCCAAAGAACACACUAGUAAAAUGUGACCCUGAAAUAAAGGCAGCCAUAUACAGCAGGUUAGCUAGUAAAAAGAAGUGCUGAAAGUUAUCAAAACAAAGCAUUUUUUAUUUUGACUGCUAUUGUAGUCAUCAGCUUUUUGUGCUGAAUUACAAAAAGUUAUACACAUACACUUCUGUGAUACAUCAGACAGUCUAUCCAGUCAUAUCUGGAUGCAUUGUUGUGAUACAUUCAAUAAGAUAUAUAACAAUGAAUAGUACAACUUCUAUUGCUUCAUCUUUUAAGGUUGUCUGCUACUUACAAUUAGUCGAUGUUCAAAUUCAUUAUUCUAUAAACAGCCUUUCAAACUUAGGAUGGUUGUUAUGUUGGAAACAAUUCAAUCUUAACAACAAUUACUUUCUGGAUGUUAACUUGUGUAGCUACAUAAUUUAUACAUUAAUGUAACAAAAGUAGUAUUCACUGAAUGGCUUUAAAUUUUCAUAUGUGCUUGUUAUUUUAUUACUCUAGAAAUAUCUUGGAGAUGUUUGUAUCUAAUUUCCUAUAGAUAUACUAGAUCAAUUCAUACUGUAUUCUUAAAAAUAUAUUGUAGAAGUUUGUA